AUGUCGAAACGAAUAUUCCCUCUGAUGAUCCUACUAAUCAGCUGCACUCGUUCAAUCGAUUCGAGAAUAAUGCAUCGACCUCGCGAUUUCCGUUGUGGUCGAAUGAUCGUAUUUGGUGAUAGUUUGUCAGACGAUGGAGUUGAAGCCGAAGGUGAUAGUCAUGGAUUCAUGAGGAACUCGAAUGGCAAAAUAUGGGCCGAAUAUGCUGCCAAUAUGCUUGAGUGUGAACGAUAUAUCAACUAUGCGUACAGCGGUGCUAAAUCUGGAAUCGGCAAUUUCUAUUUUGACACAUUUUCUGGAAUUCAGUGGCAAGUCAAUCAAUUCCUCAGUAAUAACAAGUUUCUAUCUGAUGAUCCAUUGCUUAUCCUCCAAACCGGCGGCACAAUCGAUUUCUUCUCUGGCGAGCUCAAUUCAACCGGAGUUAUUGAGAAUAUUCAGAACACUAUUCAUAAUAUCACACAGACAAUGACAUCAGGCACAUUUGUGAUAUUGAGCUUAUUGGAUGUUUCCAAUAGUCCUGGUGUUCAGGCGGCCGAUGAUUCGGAGAGUUUGCAAGAGAAGCUCGGAACAUUGAUUGCUGAGGCGAACAGGCAACUCCACCAUAUAGUGCUUGAUAGUGACCUCGGAACACGUCGUCUGAACCCGUUCCUUCGAGUCAAACUCAUCGAUAUCAAUACGAUUGCUCUCGCCGCAAUGCAAGCAUUGAACACUUCCGAGCCAUUCAGCCAUCACAAUCCAAAUCUAAUCCCGCAAGCAAUAUAUCGAUACGCUUAUCAUGAUCUUUGGAAUCCGUCAACAAUGGUUCAUUACCAAAUUGCUAAGGAAAUUGUGAGGCAAUUGCAACAAUUUUAA